AUUAUAUUAUAUUCUGUCAAUACAGACACAUUUUUAUGCAAAGGUAGAAUGUUUUUGUUGUGAUUUGGUUUUAUGGGUACCCAAGUCUUUUUCUUCUCUUUUGGGAAAGCAUUUGGGAUCUUCUGGAAAAACUCUGAGGUUAUGGAUGCUCCAGACAGUCCUAAAUUUAGAUUGCUCUAGUAUUAGGUAAUUUCCAUUAUUCUUUAUGCCAUAAUUUUAUGGUAACACAAUCCUGGACCAGUAAGAAUGUUCUAUGUUUUUCUUCCAAUGCUUUUUUGCUAGUGCUGAGCAUUUUGUGUCACACAAAGCAGCACAUAGAAAGAUGACAGCAGUUUGUUUUGCAAGCAAGUCAUCUUUUUAGUAGAAAGAUACACUGAAGAAAUUUCCCCCCUCACUCAUACCAGAUAAAUAUCUCCCUCAGGUCCCUCCAGAUGUACUGUGAAGUGCAUUUAUUAGCUCAGGAUUCACAAAGUACACAAGGAAAGAUGCUAGAAUCCUUUAAACAUGUAAGGAUGUUGGGUCACUUGACACAACCAGUUAAACCAGUAAGAUCCCAUAAAAUGGUUAUAGCUGGUGGAGUCUAAUGAUCAGAAAGGGCUACAAGCUGAUUUGUGUAAGAACUUCCCAAUGAUGAGCCCAGCUCUCAACAAUAUUAUAUCUUCUCUGCAGAGAAGUGGAACAUUUAUCAAUUCUUUAAUUGCUGCUUUGACUAUUGGUGGGCAACAAAUCUCCUCUUUCCCAUUCAGAUGUCCCUGUCAGGUUGGGAAAAACUUCUAUUAUGGUUCUGCUUUUCUAGUCAUUCCUGCUUUAAUCCUUCUGGUUGCUGGCUUUGCUCCGAGAAGCCAGAUGUGGACAAUUACCAAUGAAUACUGCUGCAGCUGUACCCCUCCGGCCCGGAGAAUCAGCUUCCUGGAGCCCAAGCUGGCUUGCCUUCGCUUCUUCAGCAUCACUGGGAGGGCACUUGUUGCUCCAUUAACGUGGCUGGCGGUGACCCUGCUGACAGGCACGUACUACGAAUGCGCAGCAAGUGAAUUCGCACCUGUGGACCCUUACCGAGUGUUUGACAAUGUCAGUGCCAGCAAACGGGAAGAGAUCUUAGCUGGGUUUCCAUGCUGCAAAUCAGCUCCAUCCGACAUGAUCCUGGUCAGAGGUGAAGUCGCUUUUUUGCACAGAUACCAGUCACAAAUGCUGGGCUGGAUUUUGAUCACCUUGGCAACCAUCGCUGUCUUAGUCUCCUGCUCUUUGGCGAGGUGCUGCUCACCCCUCACCUCUCCUUAGCAUCGCUGCUGGACCAACCACCUCUACAAUGAGAGGGAGCUCUUUGAACAAGCUGCAGCACAGCACUCACGGUUCCUCAUCGUGCAGCGUAUAAAGAAGCUAUUCCGGGGCUUCCCUGGUGGCGCAGUGGUUGAGAGUCUCUAUUUGGCUUCAUGUCAGGACUGGAGACAUAUUUCAAUACCCAGCUUUCUCUGCAUGGGUAAUGACAUGCAAGGUCACUACAGCUUCCUUGGAGACAGGUUAGAUGAGGAUAAUGAGGAAAGCAAAUCAGGAGGUAUUGAAUUAAAACCUUAAUCAUAGCACAUUUCAUAUUUCAGGUUGCUUAACAGAUAUUUUAUUUUUAUGGUGAGGGAGUUUCAGUGUAAUCUUUUCAUCUUUUUUUCUCUCUUCUGAUAUUUGUUUACAUAAGUCCAUCCUAAACGCUAUUUCCAAAAUCAGUUUAUCUGAUCAUUGUGCCAGCUUCGCUUUUUGAAAUUUCACUGAUGGUCUGGUAGUGGCUAUAUUGGUCUAAUUUUAAAAAUGUGAAAAUUGUAGUCACAUCAAACUUUGAAUCUUAGUUUUGUUACCUAGUAGCUACGCAGAAAUUAAUAUCUGGGCUUCCCUGGUGGCGCAGUGGUUGAGAGUCCGCCUGCCGAUGCAGGGGACACGGGUUCGUGCCCCGGUCCGGGAGGAUCCCACAUGCCGCAGAGCGGCUGGGCCCGUGAGCCGUGGCCGCUGAGCUUGCGCGUCCAGAGCCUGUGCUCCGCAGCGGGAGAGGCCACAACCGUGAGAGGCCCGCGU